AGCGCCGUUUGGUCCUCUCCCGGCUGCCGUCGCCGGUCCGGCCUACACAAGUGAACAAACGUCCUCUUCUCCACUCCGCCGCCGCCGUCAGACAGACGUCUCUCUUUAGCGGGUCACCGACAUGGCGAACGUGCUGCUGGAGUUUAAGGCUUCUGCCGGCGACUCCGAGCCCCAGAGUCGCCCGGUCCUGGUUGUCGGACAGCAGGCCAACCUGCAGCAGGUCAGCUGGAGCCAAGUCAGCGGGAAACUGCAGCCGGUCGUUAGCAAAGAGAUCUGGCAGGCGGCUCUCAGUGCUUUAAACCCAAACCCCACGGACAGCUGCCCCCUGUACCUCAACCAGGCUGCGGUGGCUGCCCUUCCUUCACGGGUCAGCAGGCACAAUAGCCCGUCUUCGGCCCACUUUUUGUCCCGUCUGGUCCGUUCCUGCCUGCCCGGAGGGAACACCCGCUGCAUUGUGAUGGUGUGUGAGCGUUCAGAUGUGUUCCCCUCUUCCUGUGCCAUCGCUAGGGCCUUCCCCAUCUUCUCUCGCCGCUCCUCGUCCUCACGCAGGGCUGAGAAAAAGCAUGUCACUGUGGAGUUUGUGAUCGUCGGGCAAGAGAGCAGUCCUCUGAAUGUCGCAGAACUUGAGUGUCUCUCCAAUGCUGCUGAUGGAGUGCGGCUGGCAGCUCGCAUUGUGGACAUGCCAUGCAAUGAGAUGAAUACAGACCACUUCUUAGAUGAGAUCAAGGCUGUUGGAUCUGAACUUGGAAUCACUCCAGUGAUCAUUCGUGGAGAGGAAUUGAAACAAAGAGGGUUUGGAGGUAUCUAUGGAGUUGGAAAGGCAGCAGAGCAUCCUCCUGCAUUAGCAGUCCUGAGCCACACACCAGAUGGUGCGACCCAGACUAUUGCAUGGGUGGGCAAGGGCAUUGUGUAUGACACUGGUGGACUCAGCAUCAAAGGAAAGACCACAAUGCCAGGAAUGAAGAGAGACUGUGGCGGAGCUGCUGCUAUUUUGGGAGCUUUUAAAGCUACUAUUAAACAGGGCUUUAAGGAUAACCUCCAUGCAGUUUUCUGCCUCGCUGAGAAUUCAGUUGGACCUGCGGCCACGCGACCUGAUGAUAUCCACACUCUCUACUCUGGAAAGACGGUGGAGAUCAACAACACUGAUGCAGAGGGCAGGCUGGUGCUGGCUGAUGGGGUGGUGUAUGCCAGCAAAGACCUGUCAGCUGAUAUAAUUCUGGAUAUGGCGACCCUGACGGGGGCACAGGGGGUGUCCACUGGAAAGCACCAUGCAGCUGUGAUGACCAACAGUGAGCAGUGGGAGGUUGCGUGUGUGCGUGCAGGCCGCAGCAGCGGAGAUCUCGCUCACCCUCUGGUUUAUUGCCCCGAGCUGCACUUCAGUGAGUUCACCUCUGCAAUGGCGGACAUGAAGAACUCUGUGGCAGAUCGGGAGAACGCCCAGAGCUCCUGCGCUGGCCUCUUUAUUGGUUCCCACUUGGGCUUUGAUUGGCCUGGUAUCUGGGUCCAUGUGGACAUCGCCUCUCCUGUUCACACUGGGGAGCGCGCCACGGGAUUUGGCGUCGCUCUGCUCAUGGCCCUGUUCGGUCAGGCGUCAGAUGACUCCAUGCUGAACCAAGUGUCUCCUCUGGGCGCAGCCACCAACAUGUCUGAUGGCCAGAUGGGGCGCGACUGCAAAAGACGAAGACUGGUGUAGAUCGCACGGAAGAGUUCAGGCCUGACUCUUGACUGCUCUGCUGCCACCACACACCCUAACUGUUGAAUCAAUGAAACUGUGAUUCAAAUUUCUGUGUUUGAUUAAAUGUUACUAAAUUUGGCUGCAUGAAAUAUAAUCAUAAGUAAAUCAGAUGAUAAAACACAGCCAGUCAUUUGUUUUCAUGAUCUGGCACUUUCUGCGCUCAUCCCCUCCAUCGCUUCUCUUUUUUCUUCCCUACAGUCGUUCUUUAGGUUGAUGUUGAUUCUUAAGAAAUCUGAACAAACAGGUGGUUUAUAGUUAUGACAAAUUCAUUCAGAUUUGAAUAACUGGCCAAUCUUUAUUUUUCAGUAGUAAUUCUGUCGUUCACAUUUUACAGUCAAUGGUUUUACCACUUGAAACAUGUUCGUAUUCAAAUAUCCACCUCAUCAUCAGACAUUGCUGUAUCUGAUCCUAUAUGCAAAGUGAGGAUUCUGCCAUACAUGUUGUCUCAGACAUUGGGAAAAAUUCUGUUUCAGGAUACAUAGCGCUGGAUAUUAUCAUUUUGCACUUUGUAAUCAUCCUGUUAAUAGUUGGACUGAGUAAUCUCUUGACCAAAAUGGAGGACUGAGUGCAUACUACAGUUUUUAACACUUUCACAGUUGUGCCGGAUUAGUAAUAAUGAGCAUUUACUUCAUGUGUUGUCAGCAAAAAACGCACGUUCAAGAUGUUAACUUUGUUCGAUAGGUUCCAGUGCGAGUGUUUUCCACCUUUGUGACAUUCGGUUUGUCCCUCAAUAAAGGCAGUGCCAUCGGACCUCUGA